CUCAAGCGGGAAGUAUGGCGGCGAGUGACGAGCAGAUCCGCGAUCCCGGGGAGCAAAUGGAUAAUUACCAAGGUCCGGGUUUAUUAGACCUUUCUAAGCAGAAUCUCCACAAACUGGAUCCGAAGUUGUUCAGUGGAGAGUCUCACACUCUUAUUCUGGACCAGAACCACAUCAUCAAGCUGGAGCACCUGGAGCGCACUGAGGCCCUUCAGCAGCUGUCUGUGGCCUCCAACCGGCUGGUGCGCAUGAUGGGCGUCUCGAAGCUCAAUAACUUACGCGUUCUCAACCUCCCAAACAACAGCAUCGGAUACAUCGAGGGCCUGAAGGACCUGCCGCUCCUCCAGUGGCUCAAUCUGGCCGGAAACAACAUUAAGGUCAUCGAGCAGCUGCACAGCUGUGUUUCUCUUCAGCAUCUGGAUCUGUCAGACAAUAACAUCUCUCACAUAGGAGACCUCACCAAGCUCUCAGCGCUGAAGACUCUUCUUCUGCAUGGAAACAUCAUCACGACUCUACGCUGCGUUCCUGCUCACCUUCCCUCGAGCCUCACGGUGCUGUCGCUGGCAGAGAACGAGAUCCGAGACCUCGCUGAGGUGUCGUAUUUAGCGCCGCUACACACCCUGGAGCAGCUCUCCAUCGCCAGUAACCCGUGUGUGAUGCCCACGCCAGCUCUGCCCGCCUGUGACUACCGCCCGUACGUGGUCAGCUGGUGUCUGCAGCUCCGGGUGCUGGACGGGUUCAGCGUCUCACAGAAAGAAGGGCUGAAAGGAGAAUGGCUGUACAGUCAGGGCAAAGGUCGAGUGUUUCGGCCCGGUCAGCACGGGCUGCUGGUCCAGUACCUGUCCAACACCUGUCCCGUAACAGCCACAUCUGCAUUACAGUCCGCGGAGGACGCCAAACUCGAGAAAAUCCUCAACAAGCAAAGACAGCAUCAGAAACAGCUGCAGAAAACACAUCUCUGCGGUUCCCAGAACCCCUCUCGGCCCACACAUCUACCCGUGCAUCAGUGUCGGGACCACAGGAGCCGAGAUGAGGAUGAUGAUGAGGAUGAUGAUGAGGAUGAUGAUGAUGAUGUCAUUCCUCAGACAGAUGUGGUUCCAGGUGUUCAGAUGAACUCGUGGAUGUGCGCCGAGUCUUCUACACCUGUCGUCUCUGCGGCCCGGCUUCCACUCGCUGAUGAGGACCGGAUGAUUGUGGAGGACGUGAUGGAUGAAGAGAUGCAUCAUGGGAGUCUGCUGUCCUCUGAAUCUGCCUUCUUACCCUUUAACCCUGUGGUCCAUCAUCCAGAGUCAGCUCCUGAUAGUGGGGAGGAGGAGUUUGAGGAUUCCCUGGCUCCUCCCACAUCUGCUCAGCUCCACCCACCGGGUGAGGAGUCAGGGGGCGGAGCUAUCCUCGCCUCUCACACACAUGGAUCGGGUGGUUUGGAGCACCUCAGUCACACAGACGCACAGUUUAACGGGGAUGCCGUGUUCCAGAACGGGCCUGUGGAGGAUUGUGGGAAGACUGUGGAGGACUGUGGGAGGACUGGGACUGGGACUGGGAUGCAGUGUAAAGCACAUGACGCCGCUGUGAGGAUCCAGGCCUGGUGGAGGGGUCACCACACACGCCACUGUCACACACAGGCCAGAGAAGUGCGAGCCGAGAUACGCCUGCGCAGAAUGCAGGACCACAUCGUCCACCUGACCGCAGAACUGGACAGGGUGCGCAAGCAACAAGAAGAAGACCGACUGCAGAGACGUGUGCAAGAAGAAGCGGUGAAGUUCCUGUGGAAGCAGCUUCAGGUUGUGCUGGAGUGGCAGUCGUCUUUGAACGAGAGCUCUGCAUUCAAUCCCAGCAUUCCUGCUGUCGGUCCCGUCAGCACUGAGAUCUCCAUCCCGGAGUCCGGUUUCCAUUCCCUCAGAGAGAGACAGGGAGCGCCAGACACCAGCCGGAUCAGGGCCGGAUCCCUUGCGCCUGUUCUCAGCCGGAUCUCAGCCGGACCCCCAGCGCCAGACACCAGCCGGAUCUCACCCGGAUCCCCAGCGCCAGACACCAGCCGAAUCCAUGCUGGAUCCCCAGCACCGGACACCAGCCGGAACUCAGCCGGACCCCCAGCGCCAGACACCAGCCGGAUCUCACCCGGAUCCCCAGCGCCAGACACCAGCCGAAUCCAUGCUGGAUCCCCAGCACCGGACACCAGCCGGAACUCAGUCGGAUCCCCAGCACCGGACACCAGCCGGAACUCAGCCGGAUCCCCAGCGCCAGACACCAGCCGGAACUCAGCCGGAUCCCCAGCGCCAGACACCAGCCGGAACUCAGCCGGAUCCCCAGCACCGGACACCAGCCGGAACUCAGCCGGAUCCCCAGCACCGGACACCAGCCGGAACUCAGCCGGAUCCCCAGCACCGGACACCAGCCGGAACUCAGCCGGAUCCCCAGCACCGGACACCAGCCGGAACUCAGCCGGAUCCCCAGCACCGGACACCAGCCGGAACUCAGCCGGAUCCCCAGCGCCAGACACCAGCCGGAACUCAGCCGGAUCCCCAGCACCGGACACCAGCCGGAACUCAGCCGGAUCCCCAGCACCGGACACCAGCUGGAACUCAGCCGGAUCCCCAGCACCGGACACCAGCCGGAACUCAGCCGGAUCCCCAGCACCGGACACCAGCCGGAACUCAGCCGGAUCCCCAGCACCGGACACCAGCCGGAACUCAGCCGGAUCCCCAGCACCGGACACCAGCCGGAACUCAGCCGGAUCCCCGUAUCUCUCGCUCAGGUCGGGGACUCUGGCCGCUGGAGACAGUCUGUUACAGCAGUAUCUCUCAUCCGUACAGCGACUGCAGGAGGAGGAGGAGGGAGACACAACAUCUGAUCUCUCCCCUCAGGGAAAACAGGAGCGCUUGUCCUGACCAGAGCUGGACGUUUGGGCAUCACAGGACACCAGACUGAUGAGACCCCAUGCCUUCGUGGAUGAAGCUUUAGCUUUUCUUGACGAUCAUCACUUGACUUCAAUAGACAUGUCUUUUAUUUCCAUAUUACAUUAUUGUCAUCCGUCAAACACUCCGAUUGAACGAGGUUGUGUGUUUAACUCAACAAUGACUUUAUUAUGACUGGCCACUGCUGCCUUUCUUCUCUCUAACAGUGAGAACAUGCAUUUACACAGUUGGAAUAUCAGUAUAAAGCUUUCUGUCAGAAGUCAUUGACAUACUUCACAUAUUCACUUACCCAGAGUGCCGAGCUCUUUCAGUCCACUUACCAGUCGACUGGUUUCCUUAUUAAACGUAAAGUCUGGACGACACAACCAGAAAUAGCCUUGAACUGUAGAGGAGCAUGUGGCUGUGUGGAAUAAAUGUGAAUUUAUUUGAUAGUUUGAACCUGUUGAGAGUUUAAUAGCCUUUAUCAUAAAUAUUAGUAUGUGUGCUUCUGGAUAUUUACCGUAUGUGCUGCAACAGCUGUUCUGUGUGGCAUAUGCAACAAGUGUUAAUUUAUUUCACAUUUUUAUUCUUUUUUUCUAUGUCAUAUAUUAAACAAAACCUUUUUGAAAAUAAAGUUUUACUUUCCUUCA